AUGUCUGCACAUAAGGCCCUGUCCUGCCCGGAGAUCAAACCGGAGACCUUGAUCAACCGCAGCCCCGCCAUGCUACACGCCACCAUGCUACACGCCACCAUGCUACACGCCGCCAUGCUACACGCCGUCAUGCUACACGCCACCAUACUACACGCCACCAUGCUACACGCCGCCAUGCUACACUUCCACCAUGCUACUCUGUGCAACUACCCCCAUAGCCUCCCCACCUCCGGCCCUUCAAUCAUCGCAGCCGCCAGAACCACAAACCCCCUCAGCAGACUCCAGAGCGCUCAGAAGUCUGGACAAGAGGAGAACCAGGCCCGGAUUACAAACGCAAAAGUAUUCAGGGAGUAG